AUGCGGAUUACACUGCUAUUGCACUGCCUGCUGCUCUUUGGAUACGCACUGACAUCAAGCUUCAACGAGAUGAACUUGAAGCGCAUUCGACGCGUGGUGGGCGGUCAACGGAUUGAGGUGAAACUGCAACCGCACAUGGUGAACAUACGACGACGUGGUGACUUCCAGUGCGGCGGUUCGUUGGUGACCCCAAAUUGUGUGCUCACCGCUGCCCAUUGCAUGCAGGAGGAGCAGCUGAAGCCAUCGGAUUAUGUGGUACGCGGUGGCGUCUCCUAUCUGCGUGACUUGGACAAUGCUCGCUUUGUGAAACGAAUUUUGUUGCCCAGCAGCUACAAUCGCACCACGCUGGAUAACGAUGUGGCGCUGCUGCAGCUGCAGAAUCCGCUUCAGGGUUUGCACAUCUCAACUGUUGCCUUGGCCAGGCAGGCACCGCUGCCUGGCAGUUUUGUGCGCAUCUCUGGCUGGGGAUUGACCGAUGAGCGUGCUCACCAGCUGCCCAAUCAACUGCACAGCGUUUGGGUGCAAGUGAUGUCACAGCAAAGGUGCCAACAACUCUAUCAGGGAUACAGGAAUAUCACAGCGAGUAUGUACUGUGCCUCAGGUGUGGGUCAAAAGGAUGCCUGUGACGCAGACUCAGGCGGACCGGCUGUGAAUGGCGAUGGUCAGCUGGUGGGCAUUGUGUCCUGGGGCAAGGCGAAUCGCUGUGCGCACAAGGACAGUCCGGGUGUCUACACCAGCGUGGCGCAGCUCUACGACUGGAUAGUGAACAACAUGGACCGAUAUUGCUACUAG